AUGCCCAUUGAGAGCCCUGGCCCUCGCAAGUCAGGCCUGAGAGGCCUCUUUGAAAACGCACUCCGUCCGAAGAAGUCACGUCAGACUCUUCGUAAAUCUAGCGUGGGCAACCGUUCAACUCCUGAUCUGCGUAUCGCAGCUCUAGCCAAAUCUGAUGAGCCUCCGCCGCCGAUGCCCGAGUUGGCGCCUCUCCAGGCCCAUCGGAUGAAGUAUCAGCAGGACCAUGCGCUGUUGGACUCGCAACUGGGUGAACGUCGUGACUACACGACCAUGAUACACUCUCUGGGACUACUGGAUUCGGAUGACAGCUAUUCACCGGCACAGGCGGACGAUGAUCAACGCAAACCCGGAGAGCCUGAUAUUGCUAAGCUGCCGUCAGAGCUCUGGGAGCGUAUCGCAAGUUUCUUGGAUCCGGAUGAUUCGGCAAGCCUAGCGUCCGCCAGUAGAACGCUGUACAUGCGGCUAGGCACAGAUCCGUUCACCAAGUUACAAGAUCCGGACAAUUACACCUACCGGAUCAACUUCCUGGUCAAACUUGACCACCUCCUCCCCCAUCACCUCCUAUGCUUCCCCUGCGGACGAUAUCAUCGAAGGACGCAAGAAGGCCUCGAGCGCCUGAAACCAUCCCAUGUCGUCAAUCCACUUUUCAACUGUCCACAUGCACUUAACCCGCUUAAUCCACCGCCUCGAAGCCGCAUCACCCACGGCCGUACCAUUCCCUUUGCCUUUGUUCAACUUGCCAUGCGGACACACCGUUACGGACCCAAAUACGGCCUCCAACCCGCCGACCUUGGCCGCCGCUGGGAGCGCGAUGGCUGGUCCCAUACCUCACGCUUCCACAUCCACGACGGUCGCCUGCUCAUGCGUGUGGUAAGUCAAACCUUUGCUGCACCGGGUCUGACCCUAUCAGCACAACGCAUGCUCUUGUAUUCCCGCGAGGAUUACUGGCCCUUCUUUUCCGCAUGUGCCCACUGGCGCGACGGCGAGCUCAUGCCCGCCUGCAAAUGCGCCCUCGAACACAUUCCCAAGCCUCGCAACACAGGCGGUCUCCAGAAUCUGGAACACAAGGUCAAAGACCGAAUCAGCGGGACACGCUUCGACCCCAACUCGCUCGUGACGCUUUGCGGGUUCUGUCGACCCAUGCGACGCUGCCCCGAGUGUCCCUCAGAGUACCUGAUCGAGAUCAAGCUCGCCGAGGAUACAACUAGUUCCCGACAAGCUGUCUUCAAACAGGCUAUCGUUGUCACCCGCUGGACCGAUCUCGGCGACGGUACCUCUCCAACUAGACCGGAGUGGGGUUCUAUUAACGGAUUGCGAGACGAUUACGAUUCUUUUGCGCAUCCCAACUACGCGAAGCGUGGAAUCGCGAGUAUCUUUGAGGCGGCAUUUACUGCUGACACUCUGCCCGGGCAGCGGGUGAUUUCGAUGAACCCAAAAAGAAAGAAGCUCGGUGAGGAAGGCCAUGGUUGGUAUUAG